UAGAGUCUUAAUACAACAGAAUGUAUAUAGAUAAUUCAAACGGAAAACUUGGUAUAUAAAAAUGACGUGUUUCUUUGGAGCAUCGACGGCAUUUAUAAUGUUCUACCUUAUUUUAUGGAAACAUGAUGAAGUACAUUGUGCAAGCGUUGAACCUAUUCCGAUGACCAAAUGUGCAACUGUAAAUACGACAGUGAAGUUGACGUGGAAAGUGAAACUGGGACCAUCUGAAGGAAUAAUUUAUAUAAAACUUCAUAAAUUGCCAGAUGACGAAAAUAAUAUUGUCACAUACGCUUCUCAAAAACUUACUGUAAACAUCAAAGGAAGGCAACUGUUUGGAAAAAGACUUUCUGCUAAUUACAGCAAACAUUAUGAAAAUGUCACUCUCACACUGCAGAAUAUCAAAUACAAUGAGAAUGUGACAUUUUAUUUUGUUGCUCGGUUUUUUCCCGGUUUUGUUCUUGGUACAGGCGUCAUCACAAUAAAAUGUGUUACAGGUCCUCCCAACGUGUGUGGUAAAAGUGUAAAAUCUCGCUACUACAUAACUGACACCGCCACGAUCACAGUUGCACAAGAUAUAUGUGGACAUCCCAAACCUUUUGUCGAAUGGAAAUUAGAGGACACCAGUUUUAGUAGUUCGUCUAGGUCUAUGUUAAUAGAUGACGCAACAAAAAAAUACAGAUAUAGCUUUACCACAGAAAAUAUAGUUCGAUCAAAAUGUGGGGAAAAAAUUAUGUAUCACGCCAGAACCGAAUUUGGAAAUGUCGAAGGAUACGCAAUGAUUUAUAUUUCCUUCACACCUUCAAAGGUCAGGAUAACAUCGUCGUACAGGCAUAAUGCAAGUUGUGUUUAUUUACAUUGGUAUAGAGAAGACACUGGAAAUUGCUUACUGGAAUAUCAUAUACAAUUUAAUAAUAUAAACGAUGUUUAUAACACCUCUAAGACCAAUGUCGACAUAUGCCAUUCGCCUUCUGCUUCAAGUGCGUCUAUUUGGGCAUCAUACAAAGGAAAUACCGGUGGAAAAGUUGACAUUAUACUUCAUUUGAUUACCCUACGACCUGAUAUAACAAUCCUAUCAAGUGUUACAACAACCUCUAAAGAUGACUGGCAUUGUGCUAGUAUAAGUGCAAUUGGUAUUCUGACUACAAUAGUUAUUGGGUUGAUUAUAAACAUAGUUUUAUUUGUGACGUUGGGACGCAAAGGUUAUUUAGUAUUCAAGAAAAGUUCUAACACAACAUUGCAACAUAUGAAACGGAGAGAUGAUAAUAACCAUGAAGUAAUAGGAACAACAUCUUCUCAUUAUCCCGACCAAAAUGUCAAAUAUGUGAAACCAUGUACUAACGCUGAUUUAACGAAAACAACAGAUUCAUCGAAAGGAUAUGCCGAAAUUGAGUUUAGCGAAACAAAACGAAGUAUGCAUGCCAAUAUCAGCACAUAGAUUUUCUCCUCAAUGAUUCUGUAAACUAUUGUCUUAACAUUGUUGUGAUUAUCUCGCUUUAAUAAUAGCAAUAACUUGGUUAAGAAGGACGAUUUGGACUUUGGACGAUUAUUACGUAUUAAUGUCUGAUAAUGUUCAAUUGACAGACCCUUAAAGUAGUGGAACUAACAUUUUAUAUGUAAAAAAUAUCUCUUUGAUGUGAA